CCGGUCCCACCACUUCAGCGCGGACGCACGCGCUCUCGCCUCCUCGUUCAAAUCGCAUGGAAAGCCUGCUGGCCGACUGACCAGACAGAGGUUUUACCUUACUUCGGUUUUUGCGUUCUUCAGGAACGUUGGAGUCACGCCGCCCGCGAUACCACGUUCGCCAGAGACUGGAAAAACAAUAACCACCCGAAAUAGAAAUUGUAAGAGUCUAGUGUUGCCUUGUACUUUCGACUCCACGCGGCGUGCUAACGUGACUUGUAAUAUCCAGCGGUAUUCACGGGACCAGUUUACACGUUAUCAGUUACUCUUACUCUCUGUUGAAGUGAUAUGGCGCAGCUGAUCAGCGUCAAGUUAUCCCGGUUCGAAGGAUCACCCUGGGGCUUUCGUCUGCAGGGUGGCAAGGACUUUGGAACACCCCUUAUCGUCCAGAAGGUAAAUGGAGGCUCACCUGCGGAGGCUGCAGGUCUCAAAGCUGGAGAUGCUGUCAUCAGAGUCAACAAUACCGACAUGUUCAACCUUAGGCACAAGGACGCUCAAGAUGUAAUCGUCAGGGCCGGAAACAGCUUUGAAGUAACUGUUCAAAGAGGUGGCAGCACAUGGAAACCAAGCGUGACGCCCAUUAGCUCAGCUCUUCCUUCCCCGACACCGUCAAUACCUGCGAAUAAUGUUUCUCCAGUAACAAAGACUUCUCUAGCUGCGAAGAAGAACGAUGGACCUCUUAUCGGCAGCGGUCACAACUUUAGUCCUAAGCCAUUCCUGAACGGUUCCAGUGAAGGUCCAAUAAAAUCCAUCGUCAACAAACAGUACAACAGUCCCGUGGGUAUCUACAGCGAGGAAACGAUCGCCGAAACACUUUCCGCGCAAGCCGAAGUUUUGGCCGGAGGUGUAUUAGGUGUGAACUUCAAGAAAAACGAAAAAAAUUAUAAUGCUCAGAACAGCGAAGUCUUCAAGAUGGUUCAGGAGGCGGACAAGGAACCAAGAACACCCGAACCCGCUGAACCACCAGUGCAAAGCGGUAUGGUAUCACCCUUACCACCAGCGGUAGCAGGCCUAAGACCAGUUUCAGCACCAGAGACGAAACCACAGCCAACCACACCUCAGCCCAGUCUACCUCCAGGACAGAACAUCUGCGCCGACUGUGAGAGGCUUAUUGUGACGGAGUUUUACUCCUCGGUGAGCCACGCGGUUGGCGGACAGGCAACCUCACCGAGGUCCCCGACACCCCUGAGUCGUGCACUGGGCCUGUGCCAGACCGUUUCGAAUUCCUACGAAACCUCAUCUCAUCAGGAGACCCAGAGGACUGAGCGACGAUACGAUAACUCCUCGUCUUCGUAUACUCCCUCUGAUACACCUAUUUGUCACAACUGCGACAACGCGAUCGUGGGUGUAUUCGUCAGAAUCAAGGACAAGAAUUUACAUGUGGACUGCUUUAAGUGUUCGACCUGUGGCACAUCUCUUAAAAAUGUAGGAUACUACAACAUCAAUGAAAAACUGUACUGCGACAUACACGCAAAAAUGGUGGCUAGGCAGCAAGCACCAUCGAGCCUUACACCGGUCACUGUACAACUUGGCAGUAAAGCACCUGCAGGUACCAUAUCAGCAGCUCUAUCAAAUAUCGGACCUCUCUCACCAUCUCUUAGCAAUCAUGGAUCAUCGCCUCAACCUUUUUCGAGUUGCCAUCGCAUCAACUCGGACUCAAGGCUGGCUGAUCAUCAAACUUCCCUUAAGAUGAAUGGAAAGACCACCAACGGCUACCUUGGAGAAAAUGAGUCCAACGGAACCUCAAAGACCUACACAAGCACUAUUACCAUCCAGACCGGUCACAAAGAGGUCUGCAACGUCGAGGGCGAACUUGAUUAUAAUCGUAAUCCUACUAACUUAAAAGCACGCUACAAGUUUGAUGAAAUCAAUGAAAUUCAGUUUGACCCUAUAAUAUCUGACAAUAAGAACUCGAAAAAUGCAACAUCUCACUGCACUGAGAAGAUCUUGACUUCCUAUCCGCAACAGCCCACCCGUCUUGGCACCUCGAUCGUUGAUUCACCUAGUUUGCGUCCAGUCCAGGCACCCACAUCGAACAACAUCGGAGGUUCCAAACUCUACGGAGGUUCCAGCUUUAAUACUCCUAACUACUCAUCGCCACCUACAUACAAUUCAGGAAGCAGCACUUUGCCUCGACCGCAGAGUCAAACUGUGACUGUCGACCUUUCAGAAUCCUACAUAGAGGAGUGUAGUUCCUACGAACUUAAUCAAGGGGUUGCAAGACCUGUAGCCGAAAAACCACCUACCCCACGACCGAAGUCUCACAUUUGGCCACCUCCGAAACCGAUUGAAGAAAUAACUUAUCCUACUGCAAGUCCUUUAUACAUUGAUCCUAAUCCUGCUCUUGACCGGCGCUCUCGAGAGAGAGGUGUUAGUGUCGAGGGAAGCAUUGAAAAUCAGAGUAGAAGAAACAGCUUCGUUGAAACAUACGAGGAAUCGAGAGAUCGCUGUCAAAUUGAAUCCAACAUGGAUCAAGUAAACUGCCCUGGACCUGUUUAUAGACGGGUCGAGUUAUUCAGCGCAGCUAGAAAAGACACCCGGCAGACGCGCAGCGACUCAAGAGCGAGUUCAACAGAUAGUAUCAGAAGAUCCCUGACCCCAACACGCAUCACUCAACCAAUUCCUCGACCUUGGACGGCUACGGUAACCACCGGCACGAAUUUAUAUCAACAGGCCUAUCCUGUCAGUGCGCCUGAACCCCCAAAGACUUGCAGUCGCACGGUUUGUAGACGUCAAAUAUGUCGUCGGGAGUGCGUCUGCGAAGGUUUAGGCCGAACGCAGACUACUUAUCAAGAGGAAAGAAAUUAUCAGGAACAAAUCUGUGAUCCUGCGGAGAGGGCUGAGACUACACCAAAACCAGAUGUGGAAGUGUACACGUGUGUGCGUUUACCACACUCCCAUUCGAGAACGAUCGAAACACGAACGAACAUAAGAGAAAGCGAGGUUGACACGGACACUGAAGUUAGAGACUUGUCGAAACUCGUACCGCCGGACGUGGCUGUGUGUCCGAAAGGUAUCGAUGGCGAACACGAUCUUUACACGGAGACGGAAGAAAAGGAUGUAGGUGAGUUGCAUAUAAAGAAAACAACGACGUACGAAAAAACGGUAGAACUGGUUUCUCCAAACAGGGAAUUGAGACCGUGCGUGACUAAACAAGAGCCAGAACCUAAGCAGGUGGAGCAAACACGGUGGGAACAAACAACUCAAAGAAGGUCAGCUGCACUUGAUCGGGAAGUGGAGGAUAUUUCAAGUAAUCGAAGUGUAGUCGAAUCGACAGAGUGUCUCACAUCGAGAAUUGAUACUCAACAGUUAAUGGAACAAGCUAAGAGAGACGAGGAAGAGGCUCAGCGAAGAAGACAGGCAGAAGAGAGAAGACAGCAUGAAGAAUGCGAGAGAAGACAACGAGAAGAGGAAGAGAGAAAACGAUUGGCGGCAGAAGAGAGAAAGCAAAGGCAAGAGGAAGAAAGAAGGCGAGAAGAGGAAAGAAGACAACUGGAACAAGCAGAACAGCAAAGGCAAGAUGAAAGAGAAAAGCGUCAGAAACGGGUCUGCUUUAGCGAAGAGCGAGAAUUUAUUUGUGAAGAGACACGCUGUCCUAGGGAGAGAAUUGUUGAUAUCCAGAUGGAAGAUGAAGGACCAAAAGAACAUAUAGUAGACAUAGAAGUAGAAGGACGCCCCAAGGAGCGUAUCAUCGAUAUUAAAAUAGAACAAGAUGAGCCUCCUUGCGAAUGUCUGCGAAUGUCUGAAAUGAGAGAAGAGAUCAAUGUUCAAGAUCAUGAAGAACAGAGACGCAGAAGUUUGCGUGAACAAGUACAAGUUCAUAAAAGCUUGAGAGAUCAACAAGCUCCCGAAAAGCGACAAAGUCAGACCCUGCAGGAACGUCGACUUUGCACAAAAUAUGGACAAAAUUCUCAGGAAUCGCAAAACGCAACAGAAACUUGCAGAAAGCAAGUACAAUUCACCAGUCAGUCUGACAGUGGUCCACGAACACUUCCUCCAUCCAGUAUAAAAAAUACUAUUCCGAGAGAAUGGAAGUCUGAAAUGGUAAAGGCUUUAACUACGGCACCGGCUCAGCCAUACUGUCCAUUUAGUAAAGAUAAUAGUGGAUGCAAGGAUGUCUACACCCACGAAGUUACAUAUGAAGAAACUUGUACAUGUAAAAACCCUUCACUGCCUCCGCUACCACGGCAGAACAGACCCGUAUCUCCAUUUCAAUCAGCAUUAACUACUGCACCUGAAAGACCUUAUACUCCUUUAGGUGAAGAUGUUAAUCCUUGUAGAACAUGUAGUCGCAGAUCGCAAACUCCAAGCGCACCCUCGGCUAAUGACGGUUAUUGUGCACCUGCCCAGCUUCUUUUUAGCGAAAAUAGAGAGGUGGUUCAAGAGCGAAAAAAACCACAAGGACCUCAACCCCUGCCGACUCCUCCACCAGACUAUCGUCUACGAGAUUCUUCAAGAUCACCAACUAGAUCUCGGCCAGGGACACCCGGAAGUCGUUCCACAUCGGCUGGUCUAAAGAAACCUGAUACAAUUCCCAUCUACCAGCAACACUUAGUUGCUAUGCAAAAGGGACCCGUGGAAAGUUACGCCUACGACCCCAGUAGGACUCCAACUCCUUGCUCGCGAUCAAAAUCUCCCGCACAAGGUCCACCUUCAGCCCCGGCUUGUUUUAUAAAAGCGCAAGCACCCAGGAUCAGAGAAAAGACUCCGCCAUGUAGGAAUUCCUCUCAAGGUCAAAAUUCUGCACCGAAAACAGAACAGGAAUGUGUCUGCUAUCACUAUGACGAGGAUACCCCUGCGGGUCAUACUCACACCGAUUAUCGUUGUACUAAGUGCGUUACCUAUUCAGAGGAUGAAGAAGGUAGCCAUACUCACAUUCGAGAACAAAAAGUACAGCGAGUAACCGAAAGCCCAACUCCUCCGACUGGUUGUUAUCUCAGUCGAAGCAGCAGCGUCUCUCCUGCCCUGCCAUGUCCUUCGACACGCGAAAGCGUAUCGGAAAGGAUUCAAAGGCAGGGCGUGCGUGUUUUACCCCCUUGUAGUAAGACUUCAUCGGAAGUACGUCGAAUUCGUCAUGAAAUAGUGGAAAAACCAGCCAAACCACCGUGUUCUAAUACUGGGGUAACUAUAGUGCCCUGUCGAGCUGUUUUAGAAGGUGGUUCAAAAACUGGAGUCGUCGUAGUGCCGUGCGAUGGUUCUGCAUCAUCCUGCGACAGAUCAGGAAUAUGCGUUACGCCAACCCUGGAUCGCCAAGGGGUCUGCGUAUCACCAGGUCAUGAUCUUUCCGGAGAAGGUUGUGGACUGCCCUCGGUGCGUUCGGGUGGUUGUAGCAUUGAUGCUGGCACCUGUUCGGGAUCAGGCGUCUGCGUGACCCCCUGUGGCGAUGGAUCAUUUUGCGUCGCGCCCUGUAGCGUUUCUGGAGUGUCCUCUGUUAGUUGCCCGAAGUCAAUUUUGAAAGAACAAUGUGGCCAGAAGAUUCUUCCCUACCCGCAGAUUCCUCUGCCCAACGAAGAACCAGAAAAAUUAUGUAGUAGUUGUCCGCUUUCACAGACUCCUUCAAAACCCGACGCUUGUAGCAGCUUUCAACCCGUCCACAAGCCUCGCACUAACCUUGGCAGUCAGCUUACGCAACUGACUACGCUGAACAGGGUGAAGCCACCCAACGUCCAGUUAUAUAAACCACAACCAAAACCCCAAAGUCAGACCACUACAUCCCAAUACCUCUAUCAAUCUCAAUCAAUCCAAAGCAAAACCCAAUCCCAGACCCAGACCCAGUCAAAAUGCCCGAUUAGUAAAACCCAAAAUUUAGUAGACCCACCAAAUUUGUCAUCCCUCCCGGAUUUAGGUGUCGGAAUAGGCGGCCUUGGCAGCAACAAGAGUGGAUCUUUUGCCGGAAGCAGCGCACCAAAACGUGGAAAGGGCAUCCUGAAUCAGGCUAGUGGUGCUGGAUCGCGUGUACCACUUUGUGGUCGCUGCAAUAAUUACGUCAGAGGACCAUUUAUCACAGCUUUGGGACAAAUUUGGUGCCCUGAACACUUCGUCUGCGGAAAUGCACAAUGCAGUCGUGGUUUGCAAGACAUUGGUUUUGUAGAAGAAAAGGGGCAACUUUACUGCGAGUACUGUUUUGAGAAGUACAUUGCACCACCUUGCAAUAAAUGCGGCGGCAAAAUCAAAGGCGAUUGCUUGAAUGCAGUUGGAAAGCACUACCACCCUGAGUGCUUCAACUGCUCUCAUUGUGGAAAGCUCUUCGGAAACAGUCCCUUCUUUUUGGAAGAUGGAUUACCUUACUGCGAAAACGAUUGGAACAAUCUCUUUACGACGAAAUGUUUUGCCUGUGGAUUCCCCGUAGAAGCAGGAGAUCGCUGGGUCGAGGCUCUUAACAACAAUUACCAUAGUCAAUGCUUCAACUGUACGAUGUGCAAAAAGAACCUUGAAGGCCAGAGCUUUUACGCGAAAGCCGGACGUCCAUUCUGCAAAAAUCAUGCGCGUUAAAGAUGUACCCAACUUUAAUGAAACCAAAAAAAGUAACUGCGAGACCGAAAAUUAAGAUUAUUCGAUAUCGUUAAUUAAUUUUUGAUCUUUUCUUCGUUUCUUUUGACCAAAAGUCAAUUUUACUAACACACUGCGACUCUGGACGCUGAACCCGUUGACGCAUUCGGUAUCGAAAAGAGCAUCUUGUUUUAAUAAUUAAUUUAUAAACGAAAGAUACUUUGACACGCAAAGGUCGUCGAAAAACUGUACGAGGUGCACUUGACAUUUCAUGAAAAUAUCGGGAGGGUCACGGUCAUUGCGAUUUGGCGGAAAUGUAAGUAACUCAGUUUAAUAUUGUAUAUUUUUUUAAGUAGUUUGAACACACCCACGGAACAUAAAAAAGGCAUUUAUGAUUGGCAGAAAAAUUUGGCGCAUGUUGUUCGACCAAUUAUGAUUUCAGUAGAUUUUGUGAAAUUGUAAACAAGAUAUAUUUAUAAAAUCAUUACCAGAGAUACGAAUGUCAAUAUCUUUUAUAUUUGUACAAGUGAUUAAGAAGACGUAUCAACAAUUGCCUUAACGUGGGUCGCAGGAUUCGUUAGCAAAGGUUACCGAAGUUUGUGCCAUCUUCGAGCUAUGUCAAAGCACAGUCAUAAUAAAAAGCUUUGGCACAGUUUUGCCAGUAGGAGGAUAAUAUAAAAUUAGCUUUUAAGUUACACUUAAGCUGCGUAAACUAUCCUUAUAAUAUUGACAGACAGGGGAAAAAGAAUGAAUGAACGAGAGCGUGAAUGACGGAGUGUGAUAACAAAAACAGGAUUAUCAAAUUCGUCCGACGCUUGCUUCUACAAACAGAUCGAAUCAAUGGUAUACGUCUGAGCACGGAUCGACAAUCUUCGCAAGAAGAGUGUACACUUCUCUCUGUAUCUGUGGCGUUUGCUGCUUACAAAUAAAGUACAUGAAUGAGUAUCAUUUUCAACGAAAAAUUA